ACGAACGUGGGCUGUUUGCAUAUAAGGUGGCGUAAACAUCCUUUAUAUCGUCUUUCAAAACGAGGUUGUUCAACGAGCCAUGCAAUCUACCGCUUACUAUUUAACUUGCCCGGGUAUAUGUGUCUUUGAUCUAUCUGCGGAGGCUACCAUAGCUGGCUGGUACGUUAGACAAACGGUGCUUAAAUGUGUGGAUUGCUGAAAUAAGCGGAAAACUGCAUAAUAAAGUAUUGAAUAAGAUCUAAUGGCAAAACAAUGGCCUCUUAUCGAGAAUUUUUAAAGGAGAAGGACGCGCAGAACUGGAUAAAGGCCGCCCUCGCCCUCAAAAUCACCAAGGACGGAUUACAAGAUUUUCUGGAGGACGUUCUGACAUGCGUUCACCAGGACAUCUAUAGCACUGUUAGAACAUCCAAGGGUCUUCCAUCCAGGGCAGCAUGUGCACAUUGUUUCACAGAAAACGUGUUGAAGUGCCCAACUCGUGGGAUAUGCACCAGUACUAGAAACUGUAGAUUUCAUAACUGUCCUCAAAAACUGUAUGCUCCUUGUCCAAAUGGGAUUUGUGAAGGCGUCCGUGAUGAAAUAGUCAAACAUCACAGGUUUUCGGGACCAUCAUGGAAGAAUACGAACGCCGACAAAUGGAGCACCAUUCCCUGGGAGAUAGGCAAGUGUUUCCUGCCCCCUGAUGGCUACAAGACCGUGUCCUCCAUCAAAGACAGUGACUUUAACGGAGUGAUCAGCGUCAUGAUGAAUUGCGAGGAUUUCCAGAACAAACUGUCGUUUAACGUUGCGACACAGCAAAAUUUAUUAACAGAGGUUCGGGACAUUGGUCGACGCGUACGCCUAUCCAAUGACCAGAGGGUCAAGGACACAACUAGUGUACUUGCUGUUCAAGCUACGCACCCUGCUGGAGGAUAAGACUGAACUAAUAAACCAACCCGAGGCACAACGCGCUGUGGAACAGCUUAAGAAGCUGGAAUUAGACGAUUUUAAGAUCAGUGCUGAGAACAAAGGGGAGAUAUUGAAGGAAGAAGUUGAUAAUCAGAUACCAACGGAAGCUAACAGAUUGGAUGAAAACAAACUUGGCAUGAUUGUUAAAGCUUUAGGAGAGGGCCAUGAAGAAGUACAAAGAAUUCGAGCAAUGGUUGUUGGCAUGUUUUCUGUUGGAAAAACUUCCCUUGUCAAUAACCUCAUUGACACUUCAAAGAAUAUUAGACCACCACAUGAUAAUAUUGAACAAUAUCCACAAAGUACUGUGGGCAUUGAUGUACAUUUGUGUAAGAUUGAAAAUGAAAAGUGGAAAAAGCUGGCCUUUAUGCCUAAACGAAAUAUUAGACGUAGGAUUGAAAAUAGUAUUGAAAAGCAAGAAGAAACGCAGGAGGAAACGAUGGAUGUUCUUUCUCCUGGCAAUGUUCCAGAUCACAUUGAGAAGGUGAAGAAAUAUAUUGAACAAGAUGACAUAGAAUACAGAAAAGAAAUUGCUAAAAUUGCUCAUACCACAGCUCAUGAAGGAAUUAAAGCAGAAACAGACACCCAUGAAAACCCACCACUUGUUUCAGUAUGGGACUUUGCGGGGCAGAAUUUGUAUUAUUCAACUCACCACUUUUUCUUCAACAAGCGGUCAAUUUACCUUUUGGUUAUGAAUAUGACAAAAGAGUUAGAUGAUGUUGUUGAAGAAAGUAAAUCAGUGGCUGGUCUGGUUCAUGAACACUUCACCUCCCUGGAUAUAUUUAAAUUCUGGCUGAACUCAAUCAAUAUGUACAGCUCAAUCCGUGAUCAAGAACAAGAAUGUAAACCAACCGUGAUCUUGAUAGGCACUCACAGAGAUCAAAUGAAAGGCUCAGAAGAACAUAAAGAAGAUAGAAUGCAUGCCUUCUUUAAUAAAGCCUUGAAUCACUUUCCUGACAGCAGUAUUUUGAGGCAUGUUCAUUGUACAAAAUUUCUCGUGAACAAUCUAGAUGCAAAAAAUCCAGUUUUUGAUGAAAUUAGAAAUGAAGUCAAAAAGCUUGCUGAAGUCCAGCCGUAUUGGAAUGAAAAGUAUCCCCUAAAAUGGAUACAGCUUGAGAAAACCUUUGAGCAAAUGAGGGAGCAAGGAAAAGUAAUAGUAAAGUUGCGUGAUGUUGAAGCUGCGAACGGAGAGAAUCCAGAGCCUUUGGGCGGUGAUGAGCUGCAGUUGUUCUUGGAAAUGCAGCACAUGUAUGGGAACAUCCUUUACUUUGACUCAGAGGAAUUGAAAAACCAUGUGAUGUUGUCCCCAGAAUGGACCAUUGAAGCCUUCAAAUGCUUCAUCAGCCACAAAGAGAAACAUGUUCCACCAACGCUCGUUAAUGAGUGGGAAAGGUACAAAGAGUCUGCCAUAUUGGAACCGCAAUUGCUUAAAACAAUUUUGGAACACAGUGAUCCACAGAUCAAAGAAAAUGCUGAUGUUGUUGUUGAAUACAUGAAACACUUGGACAUUAUGGCCAAGCCAAUACAUUUAGAAGAUUACGAAGAACAGUAUGAAGAAGGACAAAAUGAUCACAACGGCUCUGUGGAUCCAAAUUACAGAGGUUCGAUUUGUACACCUCUCCAUUCAUGUUCAAACUUUCAUAUAUUGCCUUGCCUGCUCAACGCAAAGCCCGAAGGUAAUUUGGAAGAAAUGAAAAAUCCACCAAAUUGGCAUAACACAAAAGCAGUCUGUUUUGUUUUCAAAAACAAUUUUAUGCCUAGAUCUAUUUUUCACAGGCUACUGGCUGCUUGCAUUAGGAAUUGGGAAAUUGCAAAAUUGAAAGGGAAAAGACUGCUAUACAACGGAUUUGGAGUGUUUAAAGUAAAGCAGGCCCAGCUCAGAAUUUGGUACGAUGACCACAUCAUAUAUGCAAGGAUGUCAUUUAUGUCUAAGCAUAAGCACAAGAGGCAAGCAAUAGAUCCUGGUGUUUGUGGGGAUGUCAGACGUACUUUGUACAUGAACUUAAUGGCAAUCGUUAGCCAUUUGCCAAGAUCAAAUGACUUCACGAAGACAACACCAUUUGAAGAAUAUGUCCAGUGUCCUAAAUUGAAUAAACAUAAUUGUGGACUUUUCAGAGUGAACGAUCUUCUUCAAGAUGUAGAACUGAUCUGUGGUGAUGAUCAUGAAGAAAAUAUCCAGCACCAUACAAUGCAAAUUGACAAAUAUUGGUACAGCGAUAUUCUAACGAAAAUGAAAAAGGAGGAAACGACAUUCGAAGGUGUAAGUUUAGAUAUUGUUCCAACUAAUCAACACUUGAAUAAGAUUGCAUUAUGCUUGAGAAAAAACAAGAGAUUUGGCUACUAGGCAUCGAGCUUGGAUUAAGGCAAGUUGAUAUGGAACGAAUAAGAAAAGACAACCCUGAUUCAAAAGUGGAAUUUAUAUUCCAUGUGCUCUCUGAAUGGAGACAAAAGAAGAAUGAAACACUCAAGAAACUGAAGCAGGCUUUUGGCGCUGUGAUGAAAAAUUCACCAGGAGACAUCUUUGAAA